UGGCUGUGGUUUACUGUUUUGUGUAGCAGGGGUGGUUUGGGGGCUGUUGGUUCAGGGUAGCUGGCUCGUGCCUUACAAAGCUGCGCCACACCAUUUCUCGCAGCUGGCAUGUCCGUCCAACACCACAGUCAAUUCAGGCUACUCCUGGGACAGCUCGCUGCUCCGCCAGUCUGAGUAAAGGAGAUUGCGACAAGAGUUGACAUGACACUAUCUUUAUGGCAUUCAAAGCAAUGAACCAACAACGAAGCCGCAAGCAACGAGUAGACCUUCAGGGGCCUCGAGUUGAUAGCUUUCUCUAUGAUGAAUCCGGUUUCCAGAUUCUAGCCUACUUAGAGCGCUCUAUCAUGUACAGCAUGCCGCUGGCAUUUUUUGCACCAGACGUUAUUUUCUACUACAGCGAGCAUCUUCAACGAGCUAUUUCCGUGGCUGAGAUCGACAGCAAGCUACAUCUUUUCUGGUCCCAUUGGCACUCCGUGGAUGACACGCCGUCGGAAUGGAGAAAAAUCUACCAAUUAGGACUUAAAGGCCUGCCAAAACUCGACGAAGAAUGGAAGGAAUGGGUAAGGGCAAGAGCAAUUGUGUUAAAAGAUGCUGCUGAAGGGGCUCCACGGCGGUUGAGAAGUGCCUCAGCGCUUCCGCGGAGCCUCCUUAAUCAAGGCAAACACCCAUCAAAGAGCCCGGCCGGGGAUCGUAGUGACAGUCCAGUCCAAAAUACUGGGAAUUAUAUUGGAUCUCCAACACAACGAAAAAGAAUGAGGAUUUAUACUACAUCGAAUUCUCGAAAAACCCCGAAUUCUCCGACCUCUGAACGAUCAUUGUCAAAACGAAAGCUCCAAGCGUACGCCCAGCAGCAUAACGAUGAUGUCACCGAGAUAAAAAGCGAACUGGUAUCAAGUAACCGCUCGUCCCCAUCAGUACAACUCCGCAGCAACAUUAAACAGAGCCGCCUCUCUCAGAUGAUGUCAGAACUAGACGACUUGAGAGACGAAAGAGCUCGAGCUGUGUUGAUAUUAGAUACGACGAGGGACGAGAACGCCCAGUUGAUGGUAGAGCUAAACAACUUGAGAGACCAAACAGCCCAGUUGAAGAAAGAGUUGGAUGACUUGAAAGAUGAAAAAGCAGAGGAUACUCGAUAUUGGGAAAGGAAGUAUCAGAAGACCAAACAGCGACGAAAUACUCUCAAACGGCGAAAUAAGAACAUGCAAGCAGAACAUAGCAUAGGUCAGAACGAGGCAAGCGAGACGAACUUAAAGCUUCGCGCCGAGAACGACAGCCUCCAGGAAUCGCUAGACAGCUACAAGGCCACAUCCCGGUUUGCUGGGGAGGGAUUUGUCCACGAUUUUCGGGAAAAGAAUUUGCGAAAAGUUAUUGAGCAUAUAGAUUUGCUCUUACUGAAGCUCAAUAAAGUCUUACAAGGACAAGACGGUUUAUUUUUUGCUGAGAAACUGUCCGACGUUAACGGUAUUGACAUUAUAGCACUGUUCAAAAGGGGGUUUGGCUUAGACCUUAGUGCCAACAACUCUAGCGGAGGCACUAUUACUCUUAUUGAGAUUUGCGCGACUAAGUUACGGUCAGUUGUUCUAUGCUUAGUUUCCGCAGCGCUCUGUACUUGGGUGUUUGAGGCUGAAGUUGGAGCACUUUUCCAAGAGAGUGGCCUUGUUUACUCAAAACUCAAAAGUCUUCUUGCUGCACAAGACAGGAAACUCACAAACUGCUUUGAAUUUGCUGCUCAUGAAAGGUGCAUUAGCGACCCAUAUUUUCACGACAUAAUAAUCCCGAGAAGAGCGAGGCAGCUUGCUCGGAGGAUUAUAGGGUGCGCAAUGCCUCUGAUAGAAUUGCAUAGAGACCUAAACGAAGACUGUGCAGCCAUUGCAGAUGAAUGGAUUGAAGCCGACCAGCAGCUAACUGAAAUAUUUAAACAGGCACUGUACGCAAAAGUUAGGCUCUUACUAAGCACUGAUAUAUAUGAGUGUGCCCUUCAUGUGCCUGGGACACCCUUUGAUAGGAACCGUAUGAUGAGCAAAAUUGAGGGGGCUGUUCGUGACACCAAAAUCGAGAAGGACAGAGUGGUGGAUAUCACGAUAUUUCCGGGCCUUAUCCGGUAUACUUCUAAAGACGAAGGAUUCAAUUAUAACCGUUUUCUGGUUAACAAGUCAGCUCCUGAAGGAGCUAGAGCUAAGGUUCUGAUAAGGGCGGAAGUUUUGACAAAAUAGAAUGAAUUUUGAAGAAAGACGCAGAAACUUAAUUACACUUGUAAAUCAUAACAGCCUUGUAGCCUUGUCUCAUGCACCAACUAGGUUUACCGGACCGAAUAGGCUAAACAACGGGUUAAACAGGAGGCUAUGCGAGAGGCUAGGGAAAUAGCUGCGGUGUACUUUGAGAAAGAACCUUUAGUCAUGGUGGCUAUGCUCUCGCAUGCGCAUCCAUGGUUUGCGAGGGCCUUAUAAACCCCAGAGAAUUUCACA